ACCCGCUGUCUGGCGUGUCGCGCUGUCCCGGCGCCUCGGCCUGUCGCGCACACCCACCCUCUGCGUCUCACAUCUGGCCCCGGGGACAGCUAUCCCAAGCCUCCCUCCCGCCGCAGCCGCUCGAGAAAGUUCACGGACCCCUGAGUCCCAAGGUACCUGCUGGUCAGCAGUCCAGGGGUGAGGCUGAUCUUCUGGUGCACAUCAUGUCCACUUUUGAAGAUGCCGACACAGAAGAGACAGUAACUUGUCUCCACAUGACUGUUUAUCACCCUGGCCAGUUGCAAAGUGGAAUAUUUCAAUCCAUAACAUUUUAUGAUAGAAAGAAAUUCCCCUCCACCAAAGUGAUAAAAUUUGGACGGAAUUCCAACAUCUGUCAUUAUGUUUUUCAGGACAAACAGGCUUCACGAAUUCAGUUUUCUCUGCAGCCAUUUAAACAAUUUAACAGCGCAGUUCUCUCUUUUGAAAUUAAAAAUAUGAGCAGGAAGACCAGUCUGAUUGUGGACAGCCAGGUGCUAGGCUACCUAAAUAAAAUGGACUUGCCCUACCGGUGCAUGAUCAGAUUCGGUGAGUAUCAGUUCCUGUUGGAGAAGGAAGAUGGAGAGUCACUGGAAUGGUUUGAGACACGAUUUCUUUUUUCUCCAAGACCGCUUUUGCAGGAAAACUGGCCAGCACAGACACCCAUACCUGAGAAUGGCAGCUGUUCAUCCUGUUCUACCCAAAGCCCUCUUCCUACAGAAAUGGAUGAAAAUGAAUUGUGAACUGAGGGUCUAAGAGGAGAAACAUGAAGGACGAAGAACAGAUUGGAGACAUUCUGCUUAUUAAAAGUUUAUUAGUUUAGUACAUCAUAGUCAUCUGUUAGGCUGCCAAGUUUGGGAUUUGUUAUUAUCAUCGUGUUGUUACUCAUCGUCUUAGUCACCUGUUGCACUUCUGGAUCUAUGAAGAAUUAAGUGUACAUUUGUGAGGGUUAGUGUGUAAAAAUAUCCUUGUGAUGAAAUUGUGUUCUCAAAAUAAGGUCAUAUAUUUUCUUUUU